AUGUCUCCAUCGGCAUCUAUCCGCUCGGCGCUGGCCUACGCCGGCAGCCUCCUGUCGCAGGUCCCCCUCCUCCAGGACGUCUCGAACCCCUUCUCGAAUCUCCUCGAGCCAGUGAUCGAGGGCGUCAGCCAGGCUAUAUCCACACCGGGCAAUGGCUACAAUGGCGAGGUCACACCCUACGAUCCGCUGAGCGGUGCGCCCUCCUGCCCCAUCGACGGCCCGAUGAGCUGCCACAACAACACGCCGAUCGCGGGCGACGACUCGUGUUGCUUCAUAUACCCCGGCGGGCGUAUGCUCCUCACGCAGUUCUGGGACCGCGAGGUGCACGCCGGAGGAGCAGAGGAAGACUGGACUCUUCACGGGCUAUGGCCCGACCUCUGCGACGGCUCCUACGACGCAUACUGCAACAUGGCGCCGCACUACAGCAACAUCACCGACAUCCUGGCGUACUACGGGCAGGACGAGCUGCGUGCCUUCAUGGACCGGUACUGGAUCGCGAACCGGGGCAGCAACGCGCACCUGUGGUCGCACGAGUACAACAAGCACGCGACGUGCAUAAACACGCUGAGCCCCAAGUGCUACGGCGACGACGGUUCGGCAGGCCGCGAGGUGGUCGACUACUUCUCGCGGGCGGCGGGGUUGUUCCGCAUGCUCGACACGUACACGGCGCUGUCGCUGGCGGGCAUCGAGCCCAGCGCCCGCACGCACUACCCGCUCGAGGACGUGCGCGGCAUCCUCGAGCAGUUCAGCGGCGGCAAGGUGGUGCUGCGGUGCGGGGGCCGCCGCCGCGACGAGCUGCACGAGGCGUGGUAUGUCUAUUUCGUGCAGGGAAGCCUGCAGACGGGCCAGUUCGUGCCCGCGCAGGACUAUGGGAAGCACGGGGACGCGAACAACUGCGUGCCUUGGGUCAAGUACCUGCCCAAGAUACACAAGAGGUGA